AUGAUUAGUAAGAGCAUAAUGGAGCUUGUAAAUCGGGACGCUUCUCUUAAGGUGAAGGUUAUCAUCACUCAUGUUGCUGAGAAAUACAAGUAUAUCAUAUCCUGCAAAAAGGCAUGGAUUGCAAAGUGUAAGGUUGAUGGAACAUGGUUGUAUGGCAAGUACAGAGGGACUAUGUUGAUGGCUGUGGCACAGGAUGGGAACGAGAACAUAUUUUCGAUAGCGUUCGCAUUGGUUGAAAAAUUUCAGUAUCCUCCAUCAUCACACGUCUAUUGCAUUAUACGAAUCGCGCAAAACUUCAUGCGCGAGAUUAAAGACAAGGAUCUGCGCAAAAUAGUUGUUAACAUGGGUUAUGCGUUAACAGAGGCGAAAUUUAACUACUAUCGGGGGGAAAUCGGAAGAACAAACAACGACGCUUUAUCAUGGAUAGACAACAUCCCUCGGGAGAAGUGGGCAAGGGCAUUUAACGGAGGGCAACACUGGGGUCACAUGACAACUAACCUAGUAGAAGAAAUGAACUCGGUGCUAAAAGAAACCCGAAACCAUCCAAUCACUAUAUUGGUCAAAUCUACGUACUAUCGAUUAACAUCACUAUUUGAUAGAAGAGGCCAUCAAUGGACAAAAAUGUUAGCCUCUGGGCAGGUUUCCACUGAUAAGUGCAAUAAGGGGAUGGUUGAGGAAGUCAUGAGAGCUAACAUGCAUAACGUCAUGCAGUUUGGUCGCGAGAGAUUUUAUUUCAUGGUCCAAGAGAAGAUUAAUCAUAACAAUGGUCAACCAACCGGAACAUUCAGCGUUGAUCUGAGGAAACAACACUGUGAUUGUGGGAAAUUUCAGGCAUUUCACUUACCUUGCUCCCAUGUAAUCGUAACAUGUUUGAGCAUACGCCAGGACUACUCCAUUCACAUUCUAGACGUCUUCAAAAUUCUUAACGUGUUCAAGGUCUAUAAGGAGAGUUUCCUAGGACUUCUCCAUGAGGAGAAUUGGCCACAAUAUGAAGGAUUUAUUCUUUGCCACGACGACUCUAUGAGAAGGAGGAAGAAAGGGCGCCCAAACAGCACCACGAUUAGAACCGAGAUGAACGACGUUGAGAAGGAAAAGAGAAGGUGUGGAAUUUGCCGUGAAAUAGGACACAUGCGUAGGAAAUGUCCUAAUGUUGCAGGACCGUCCCAACGACCAUCCAGAUGA